GUUGAGCUAUUUUGAAGGAAAUUUGUCUUUCUUGAGUUAAAUAGAAGACUUAAUUUAAUAGGCUCUUAUUAUUGCUUCCAGGACAACGGCAGAAGGUCAUUUGAUUCUAAGCGGCGAGAAACUUAUUCGAUGUCUCACUCAUCGUCUUAUCCGGAUAGUCGUAAAAGAGACUACAUGGGGCGGAAUACCAGUUAUAGUGAUCGUCAUGACAAUCAUUAUCGAGGCUCUCAACUGGAAUUCUUCAGCUCAUACACCAUCAAUGGCAGUGCCUACACCGCCACCACCACCACCUCCACCACCGCCAAACUCUUAUCCGAGCUUUAAAACUCGCACAGUAGCUCGCAGCGAAUCAUACACCACACCGAAGUCAAGUUUCAAGGGAAGGCCAGGCGGUGAUCAGAGAAGAACAUUUCCUACAAAACCUUCCGAUACAAGGAUAUUUGAGGCCGAAUCGUGA